UUCUAGGAAUCCCCCACCCCACCCCCUUCCCCUCCUCUCCGUCUCUCGGCCGCCCCCACCGCAUCCCCGCCGCCUACAAAUACAACACCCACCCCGACUCUUUCUCGCAUCGCCGCGCGUUCAUCGUCUCGCACCGCCGCCGCUCUCUCCUCCUCGGUGCUGGGAUUGCUGCGCCCGGGCGGGGGACAAGAUGGGGGCGUACCUCAGCACGCCCAAGACGGACAAGCUCUCCGCCGACGGCGGGAACGACCGCCUCCGGUUCGGCCUCUCCUCCAUGCAGGGGUGGCGGACCUCCAUGGAGGACUCGCAUGCUGCUUUGCCAAACCUCGAUGACUGCACAUCAUUUUUUGGCGUUUAUGAUGGCCAUGGAGGAAAAGCCGUUUCUAAAUUCUGUGCAAGGCAUUUACACAAGCAAGUUCUUAUAAAUGAAGCAUCUUCAUCUGAUGAUUUAUCUACUUCUGUCCAUAAAGCUUUCUUAAGAAUGGAUGAGAUGAUGAAAGGACAAAGAGGAUGGAGAGAAUUGACCGAGCUGGGAGAUAAGGGAAACAAAUUCACGGGUAUGCUGGAGGGCAUCAUACGGUCCCCCAAGGGUGGAGAUUCAGAUAACCUAGGGGAUGGCUGGGAUACUGAGGAGGGUUCAAAUUCGAACUUUUCUGGGCCAACAUCUGGAAGCACAGCUUGUGUGGCUGUCAUAAGAAAUGAUCAACUCAUUGUUGCAAAUGCUGGGGAUUCCCGGUGUGUUAUCUCACAGAAGGGUCAGGCUUACAAUUUGUCAACAGAUCACAAGCCAGAUCUUCAGGGAGAAAAGGAGAGGAUUUUGAGUGCUGGCGGAUUUGUUGUUGCCGGGCGGGUCAAUGGAAGUUUGAAUUUAUCAAGGGCAAUGGGUGACAUGGAACUGAAGCAAAAUAAACUUUUGCCAGCUGAGAGACAGAUUGUGACUGCUGAACCUGAGUUGAAAACAGUUAAACUUUCCGAGGAUGAUGAAUUCAUUGUUUUAGCAUGUGAUGGCAUAUGGGAUUGCAUGUCAAGUCAAGAAGUGGUUGAUUUUGUACAUAAACACAUAAACACUGAGGAUAAGCUAUCCAGAGUGUGUGAGAAGCUACUUGACCGCUGCUUGGCACCUACAAGUGGUGGCGAAGGAUGUGACAACAUGACCGUGAUUGUGGUUCAGUUUAAGAAGCCAGCUUCAUCAGUAGCUACUUCUAGCGCUGAGCAAUCUACAGCCACUUCAGAAGAGAUGCGGCCAAAAAUUUGAGCCCUUCCCUUUGUGAACAGCGAGUUUGAUGGCCCAGACGACCCAUUGAAGUAGAGGCUCGAGCGGCACACUGGAGUUCUAACCGGUGGUGGGCGAUAGACAAAAGGAUAGCAAGUGGUGUAUAUAAGAAAGGAGUUCUAUUCGACAUUCUCUUACAGGGUUUGUUCUCGUAAAGGGAUGUUAGUCUUCAGAGUAGUCGCAACCUGUAUGUAAUACAUGCGUGCUGAUUGUUGGACCGGGUUUUGUGAAUGCAUCGAUGUGUUUUUAGGAGCUA